AUGGCAACAGACCGCCUGCGUCGCCGUCUCCGCGAUGUUGACUCCGAUGACUUAGCAGACCUGACAUCCAACUUUUGCGUCAUAGGUACACCGCUCCCGUCUCUCAAUAGCCAUAAAAAGGACCCAAACGAGCUCAAGCCAAUAUGGCAGCAAGAAGCUCGCGAUGCUCAAGGGAGACGUCGCUUCCACGGCGCCUUCACUGGCGGCUUCUCCGCCGGCUACUUCAACACCGUAGGCUCGAAGGAUGGAUGGACUCCUUCAACCUUCCGGUCUUCUCGGUCGGAUAAGAAGGCCGGCAAACAAGUACACACAAACGCAGCUAGGAGAGUCGAAGACUUUAUGGAUGAGGAGGACUUGGAAGAUUGGAAAGCUGCACAGCAAGUUUCUGCUACCUCUGGAUUCGGACAAGAUGAUGCGAUAGCGGGCUUGAGAGGCAAGGCGACAGAUCCGUUGGCGAGUGCGCUGUUUGGGGAUGCCGGCGUUCAACGUAAAGAAGGUACAGGAUGGAAGCUCUUAAGACGGAUGGGCUGGAAGGAAGGACAAGGACUCGGGCCGAGGGUGGAUGCAAAGAAGAAGGCCAGGCUGUUGGCUUUGGUUUCAAACGGUGGACAGGUUGCCAGCUCUUCGGAUAUCACGUUGGAGGACAUGAAGCACUUGUUUGCUCCGCCGCCAACACCAGUGCUCAAGUAUGAGGCAAAAGGAGGAGGCAGAAAAGGGCUGGGAGCAGAGGAAAUACAGACUUUGCAGCAGGCCCUUGCCAGCAGUCGAGGAGCAGCAAGGAAAGCAGUCGAGACGGCGAUAGCUGGAACAUCGUCGACAGAAGACGAGGCAUCGCCUGACGGCCGUCCUAUACCGCUAGGCUUCCGUCUCGCAACGGAGCCUGUACCUCCGGAACCAUCUUUCCCGCUUAAUCCCGUUCCUGAUGGAUGGCAACCGGACCCAAUCAGGGUGUGGAAGCGCCAUGCUCCUGACCACGCAGCAUCCGGAAUGAGAGCAGCUGCGAUGUCUCCUACCACAAGAGGCCAAUUGCUCGGCGAAGCUAAGAUUCCCGGUCCGCCUCCUUCCAUUGCAGCCUUCCUAUCUGCCAAAGCUCAGGAAAGACUUGCGGCCAGCUCCAACCUGCCUCUCCCAGCAUCACCAUCUCAACCUCGACAGACACAGUACGUCGAUGUACCAAGACUAGAUGUCGCUACAGCAAAACAAGCCCUGCAAGGCUUCGCACCGUUCGGCGCCGAUCUCGCCAAACAAGGUCGCUAUCUCACAUACCUCAGGUUUCAGCUCAAUCCAGGAUCGGAGGAAGCAAAGAAGCUGCCCGUUCCACCAGAACUCACUGCGGAGCAGUUCAGCAACGAGUUGCGAGAGUUUGCGAAGAGCGCAAGUAUGUUCCGCCCGAUGAGCUCAGUCAUAGCGAGCAGAUUCACAACAGCGAGUGCUGCGGUGAUGGAGCACGAGACGAAAGCGACCAGUGCUACUCCAGGUCUACGACACCCAGCUCCUGCAUCUACAGCUCGGUCGAAGGACGAUGAAAAGGGCAAAGAGCCAGAGAAAGAGCUUAAUACAGCGCAAAAAGCAGCUGGAAUGGGCAAUUUCGGUCAUCUUACACGCAAAACCGAGCCUUGGGCUCCUGAAAGACUGAUCUGCAAGCGGUUCGGCAUACCUGAGCCUGCCAUCUCUCGCAAGCGCAGAGCAGACGAGCGAGAUGAUCCUCAGACAAACAACACAGCGGAAAGGCCAGACUGGGACGAUCCAGACCCGUUCUAUGGAUCAAGCAAGUCGACGAAGAGCAAGUCUGGAAUUCGGGUAGACCAACACUGGGAACGAAACAAAGAUCAGCUUAUAGCUCUUGCUGCUGGUCCCACACCACUAUCUCUCGAAGUCCAAUCUGCUGCUUCACCAGCCUCCAAGGUCGAUCCGGCUGCGGAAGAAGGAGUGGUUGGGAUGGGGGACGACGAGCGACAAGGUAAAGACACGCUCACGUAUGUUAAGCCAUCCCUGGACGUGUACAAAGCAAUCUUCGAGUCGGAUGCUGAGGAGUCUGACUCGGAUGAAGCCGGCUACAAGGGGCUGAAGAAGGCCAAGCCGAAGCUGCAAGACCCAGCUUCUGGGCAAGGUGUUCUGUUUCAAACUCGAACCAAGCGGAAAGGCGUUCAUAACGAAAUCGACAAGGCAGCCAGCAAGUCCGCAACCAAGCGGAAGAAAGAAAAGGCGUCAAAGGGCAAGUCUCUACUCACCUUCGACUUGGAUGAUGGUGAUGAGGAUCCCCCUCCGGCAUCCAUCGGGCCUUUGAAGCCGAAUCCUGAUCAGGCGAAGACGAAGAGUCGGGUGCGUGCUUCGGACUUAUUUUAG